CCCACCAACAGCAAAGCCCACAAAUCCAACCAUGUCGUCGCUCAUUGAUCUGGCCAUGGGCUCUGACAAUGCACCUACACCUCGCGACCCACGAAGCGACGCAUCUGAUGGACGGAGACGGCAGGCCCGUUCUUCAUCACGACCAAGGGGCGGUGCGACACCCAGAGGACCGCCAUCUAUCAGCACACCUGGAAUGCACAGCGAUAUCGACGGCUUCGCUGAUGACGAGGUUGUCGGUCGAAGAGGCAUGAGGCGAGCAACGACUGGUGCAGCAGAUGUUCCGCGAGUCGUCGAUACAACAGCAGAAACACUGGGCAUACAGUUCGAGCGCUUCCUCGAGAGCUUCACAGAAGAGCCCACACCUUCAGCGCAGCCACUUUCGAGUGCUGUAACAUCAAGCAAAUACUACAUUGCGCAAGUGCAUGGCCUGGCACAGUACGGGCUCUCCACACUCUAUGUCGACUUCACACACCUAAUGGACCACGAGCGCGGCAUUUUGGCCAAUGCCAUACAAGGCGACUACUAUCGCUUCCGGCCGUACAUGCUUCGGGCACUGAACAGCCUGAUCGCCAAAUACGAACCAGCGUAUUACCGCAUGCACAGACAGCCGGGUUCUACAACAGCGAGGACAGACACCUCGCAGGCCACGCAAAGCAUCAGCGAGGAAGAGGAAAGCAACUUGAACGACAAGACACCAAAUCAACAGACGGACAAAAUCUUCACCUUGGCUUUUUACAACCUCCCGCUGGUGUCUAGAGUGCGACAACUGCGAACGGAGCAGAUCGGCAAAUUGGUAUCGAUAUCCGGUACAGUGACGAGAACAUCAGAGGUCAGGCCCGAACUGCAUCUCGCGACAUUCGUAUGCGAGGUUUGCAACAGUCUUGUUCCCGAUGUGGAGCAGAUCUUCAAGUACUCAGAACCAACACAGUGUCCCAACGCGACAUGUGGUAAUAGGCAAGGUUGGCGACUGGACAUUCGCCAAAGCACCUUUAUCGAUUGGCAGAAAGUUAAGAUCCAAGAAAACAGCUCGGAAAUUCCGACUGGCAGCAUGCCCCGGACGAUGGAAGUCAUCCUUCGCGGCGAGAUGGUAGAUCGUGCGAAGGCUGGUGAAAAGUGCAUCUUCACAGGAACUUUGAUUGUCGUGCCGGAUGUCAGCCAGUUCAGAGUGCCGGGAAUGCGAGUACAAGCAGUUCGCGAUACACAGGCGCCUCGUGGGUCCGACACUGGGGGCGGAGGUGUAUCGGGCUUGAAAGCGCUCGGAGUGCGUGAUUUGACCUACCGUAUGGCUUUCCUCGCGAACAUGAUCACCCCAGACACUUCGACACAAGGACAGCACUCCAGCCAAAACUUGAAGGGCCAAGCCGGAAAUCUGAUGAGCUCACUCGCGCAGAACGUCGACACUUCUGAUGGUCUCGGUGGGGAGAAGGCACAGCAGGAUUAUCUUGACACGCUCACACCAGCUGAAAUUGACGAGCUGAGAGAGAUGGUGCAAUCAGAAAACAUCUAUAUGAGACUCGUGGAUUCCCUCGCACCUAUGGUCUUUGGACAUACAGUCAUCAAAAAGGGUCUUCUCUUGCAGAUGCUCGGUGGUGUUAGCAAGACCACCCCAGAGGGGAUGGCCUUACGUGGCGAUAUCAACAUCUGUAUCGUGGGUGAUCCGUCCACCAGCAAGUCACAAUUCUUGAAGUACGUGUGCUCGUUCCUGCCACGCGCUGUGUAUACAUCUGGUAAGGCAUCUUCUGCGGCUGGUCUGACGGCUGCCGUGGUGAAAGACGAGGAGACUGGAGAAUUUACGAUUGAAGCCGGUGCUCUCAUGUUGGCUGACAACGGUAUCUGCGCUAUCGACGAGUUCGACAAGAUGGAUAUCGCAGAUCAGGUGGCCAUCCACGAAGCCAUGGAACAGCAGACAAUCUCGAUCGCGAAGGCUGGCAUACAAGCAACACUGAACGCUCGCACUUCCAUCCUCGCAGCGGCCAAUCCUGUCUCAGGUCGAUAUAACCGGAAGACGACGCUGCGUGCCAACAUCAACAUGAGUGCGCCGAUCAUGUCGCGUUUCGAUCUCUUCUUCGUUGUCCUGGACGACUGCAACGAGGAUGUUGACGAGCACUUGGCCAGGCAUAUCGUUGGGCUGCACCAAAAGAAGGAUGAGGCAAUCGAGCCCGAAUUCAGCACCGAGCAGCUGCAGAGAUACAUCCGUUUUGCCCGCCUCUUUCAACCUGUCUUCACCGAGCAGGCAAGAGCUUACCUUGUGCAGAAGUACAAGGAGCUGCGAGCGGACGAUGCGCAGGGCGGUAUCGGUCGCAAUUCUUACCGCAUCACUGUUCGACAACUUGAAUCUCUCAUUCGUCUCAGCGAGGCUAUUGCCAAAGCGAGCUGCGUGGACGAGGUCACGCCAGCGUUCGUUGAUGAAGCUUUCAAGCUGCUGCAGCAAAGUAUCAUCAGCGUAGACAAGGAUGAUGUCGAGUUCGAGGAGGAAGACGAGGCAGCUGCAGUUGACGACGCAGAAGGCGGCGCUGCCGCGGACGACGAGGAUGCCCAAAUGGGCGGUGAAGAGGGUGGUGCAGGAACCCCGGCCGCCCGAGCCUCGCAGACACUGGGUCCCCAACGACCAAAGACACAGAUCAAAUACGACGACUUCAUCAAGAUCCAGAACAUGCUGCUGAAACGUGUGAACGAGGAUCAGAAUGAGGAACAAGACGGUGUCGAGGAGGAUGACCUGCUGCAAUGGUAUACUGAGCAAGUGGAGGAAGGCAUCCACGAUACGGAUGGGCUUGCAGAGGCCAACAGCCUUGCAAGAAAAGUGCUGAAGCGCAUGGUAAAAAACAACGUGCUCAUGAAAGUGCAAGGCGAGGGUCUCGCGGAAGAAGAUGGAACGGGCUUAGAGAGAACAAGCAAGACGGUCUAUGUUGUGCAUCCAAAUUGCUCCACGGAGGAUUUGUAGGGCUCCUCGCGCAGUAGAUGAUUUCGAGCAUGAGCGACGUUAAAUGGCGUUAUGAGGAUAUCUGCAUUGGGGCGCGGUGGAAAUGAAUUAGAUGAUACCUCUCGGCGUGGACAAUGACGGAAAUGUAAAGAAUGAUUCGGAC